CACCAUGGCAAACAGAGGCCCAGCCUACGGACUCAGCCGAGAGGUCCAGCAGAAGAUCGACAAGCAGUACGACCCUGAACUGGAGCAGAUCCUGAUCCAGUGGAUCGUGGCGCAGUGCGGCCCGGAGGUCGGGCAGCCUCAGCCUGGCAAGGACGAAUUCCAGAAGUGGCUGAAAGAUGGCACGGUGUUGUGCAAGCUGAUCAACAGCCUGUACCCCAAGGGCCAAGGCCCCGUGGCCAAGAUCCAGCCUUUCACCAUGGCCUUCAAACAGAUGGAGCAAAUCUCGCAGUUCCUGCGGGCGGCUGAACGUUACGGCAUCCUCGCCUCGGACAUCUUCCAAACGGUGGACCUCUGGGAAGGUAAAAACAUGGCCUGCGUACAGAGGACCCUGAUGAACCUGGGCGGCUUGGCAGUUGCGAAAGGUGACGAAUUCUUUGUCGGAGACCCCAACUGGUUCCCCAAGAAGUCCCAGGAGAACCGUCGCGCUUUCUCGGAGGACAAGCUCAAAGAAGGACAGAGCGUCAUCGGCCUCCAGAUGGGCACAAACCGGGGCGCCUCUCAGGCGGGCAUGACAGGUUAUGGAAUGCCGCGCCAGAUCCUUUGAGCUCCUCCCGACCCUCAAUCUGUCCU